CACGGCGUCGAGCGUCAGUUGAGGGGCCGACAGUAACUUGGUAAGAGCGGUAACUGAGGAGCACAACACGAGGUUGGAGAGUUAGAGAGAGCCUUAUUCACGCGGCGUGUGCUAUUGACGCUUACAAUUUGGGAUAAAUCGAAAGAGGUUUUAUAUCUGAAGAAGUUCAAGCAGUAUCACCACCACCAUGCAAGUCGUAAACCUCACUCUCCUAGGAGCCGUUAUUGCCUGUGUCAGCGCCUUCCCCGUCAUGUUCCUCGCUUAUACUGACGGCCGGGCAGACACUCAGCGAGCUAAACUUUUGGACUGUGCUCCCCCUACUGGCAACUCUCCCCCCGCCUUCAGAUGUCGUCCCGUGAACGAACGCAGCCCUCAAAAGCCCGUUCUACCCAGCCCCGAGAAUCUACCCAUUCUGGAGAUCAUCGAGGAGGACCUUGAGGGAAUGACGGUGGUGGAGGUGAACGACGGCCGAUUGGAACAAAGACCCGGGCAGGAGAGACUGGUGGUGGUGGAAGCCUGCCAAUAUAUAAUCCCAGCUUCGUAAUCUCCGUGCCUGAGGACUUUGACCAUCGUCGACCUAAGUGCCCAUCCCACGAGAUCUACGUCGCCGAGCUCGAUAUCUGUGUUAACCGGGCAGAACACGAGCACCCACCCGGCACGGCCCCAGUGGAAACGACGCUACCUUCAGAGCCACACGACCUGACCCAGCACCAUAUUAUCGCUGUAGGAUACGAGGGCGGAAAAGUGUCCGGAAGGACAGAUCUACGUGCCCAGAGUGGACAUAUGCUCUGACAUCCAUCCCGUCGUCCUACCGCCGAAGCACACCAAGAAGAAGCACAGCAUGUCGAAGGAAAAAGCCCGGAGGGAUGCACACUAAGAGGGAGUUCAAAUGAAAGUCUAGAUGCGCACCAAUGUAAACAAACACUGACUCUCUCACACACACACACAAACCGGCAUGUAAACAAAAACAUCCAUGCAUACACAAACACAAUCAUGCACUAAUUUAUACACAUUUAAUUCAUUCAUACAUUGCAAUACAUGCCCAGAUAUGGUCAUUUGCUCAACACACAUUUACCAACACACCCAUACACCCUAACACAAAUACACAUACACACACACAUACAUCUAUCCAUACACGCUCUCAAACGACGCACAAAACGCUCAUCGUAAUGCAAGUCUCACCCAGAAGACGUGUCAGUGAAAAAAUAAAAAUAAUAUAUAUAUAUAUAUAUAUAUAUAUAUAUAUAUAUAUAUAUAUAUAUAUAUAUAUAUAUAUAUAUAUAUAUUUAUAAUAGUGUCCAUGAUGACAGAUAUUGUAAAUAACAAGUAACCCGUUUUCUUAUUUAUUCACUAUUAUUGCACAAGCUAGUGGUGUCCAGAAGAUCUCCAUGGACGAUUCUUUGAGCGUUUAUGGGUUCACAUAAUUUUGCAGUUCCUGGGUUUUCAAGGCCAGUUUUGUAAAGUGGAAGGUGAUUAGGCGUUGGGUACACGAACCUGUUUUUGGCCAGUAAUUAGGCUGGUCAAUAACAAAUUGUAGGCCAGAUUUUGUGGUGGUUCUUAGCUAGGUCUUAAGUGGUUCAUGGCUGUUCUUGGCCAGUUUCUUAAGCGAUUCAUGAUUGGUUCUCGGCCAGUUUUUAGGUGCUAUUUUAACUGGUUCCUUGUCAGUUUUAUUUGGUUCACAAUCAAAUCUUCAGUGGUUCAUGAAAAUGUCUUGCUCAGUACGUAGAUGGUUCAUGGCCAGUUCGUAGAUGGUUAAUAGUCGAUUCGUGACUGGUUUUCCACAAAACUCCUGGUAGAACCGUAAGAGGCGAUCAUACAUUAAGUUUGAACUUUUAACUCUAUAAGAAACGUAUUUUAGUCACAAAAAUCAAAGUUAUACUCUAUAUUUUCCUGUAUGUCUUAGAAACUUGUAUUUCCCAUGAGAGUCUAUUGUAUAUAUUUAUAUAUAAAUAUAAAAAUAAGAUGUAUGCUUAUAGAGAUGAUGCAUGUCCAAGGGUCUAUGUAUGUCCAAGAAUAUUUUGUAUAUUCAAGAAAAUACGUAUGUUUGGUCCAAAAGAAUAUUAAAUACAUCCAACUCAGUUUUGUGAA